AUGGCUUCAACUUCUGGAAGUGAAUUUGUAGUAAAUUCGGCUGCAGAGACUUCUCAAAACGUGGAUUUAGUGUUCGUAGACGAAGAUGAAAUGCCAUUGACUUCUGUAGCUAUAGGCACGGCAUAUUUAGAGCGAGAGUCUGACGAGGAAAUUGACUCAGACUUUUAUCAGACUGACUCUGACGAGGAAAUUGACUCAGACUUUUAUCAGACUGACUCUGAGGCUGAAGAAAGUGACGAAAAUGAAGAAUUACAACAAGCAGGUCCUCCCAGGAAGCGGAGACGUACAGCACAGGGCGAAAACGAUGUUGUGGGCGAUCCUGUUUGGGUAGAAGACAUCAGGACGCAUUCAGACCUGCCUUUCACCCAACCCACGGGGCCUAAAGUUCGAAUGGGAGCGGAUCAAAAAGACCCAGGAAAAGAUGAUGAUCAACCAGAUCUGAGCAUGAUGGAUUUCCGGAUUCUGGUAAUCAGAGGUUUACAUGGUGGAAGGAGCUACAAGAUUACCCCCACAGCUGCUGCACCUCAAAUAUCAAGAUUGAAUCUGUCUUUGGGACACUUCCCAGUCAAAGUUGACAAACGGUGUGCUUUUAAAGUUCACCUGCAGCGAGUGUUGACUUCAUACAAGUGUGGACUGUGUGGAGUCCACAUGUGCCCCAGCCCUUGUUUUGAGAAGUACCACACCCUCCAAGACUAUUUGUAUGAUGACCCUGAAUAUGGAGCAGCAACCCCACGUCUGAAACCUCAGAAUCCUGGCAGGCCUUUUGCAAGAGGAAGACUUAGGCAGAUGAGGCAGUGAACUCUCCUAUAAGUAGCGGAACAUUGACCGUUGGUUGUCAAAAACUGUUCACUUAUUGCUGUUGUUGUGACACACCAUUGCCAACAGCAUACUAACAUUGUAGCACUGGUAUGUCCAACUCCAUGCUUAUAAGAGAUAUUAUUUGGUGUUUCCUUGUUCAAAAAAUUAUGUUUUCUGAUUGUUUAUUCUACAAAUGUAUGUACCCAUAAUUCAUGGGAUUAUGGACAUGACUGUUUCUUUUGAUUGGUUAAUCAUUAACCUGCAGAUAUUUGAAAAACUUGGGGAAGGCAGUUAUGCUCAGAAAGGUUGUUUGGAUCAGUCUGGUAAAAAAUAAUACCUUAUGAGAUUUAAGUUGCUGUUAAAUCCUCAGUUGAUUAAUUUUUGAAAUGAUUUAUAGAAUUAAAAUUUACGAUGAAAA